CACCUUGACGGCAAUCAUCAUGGUCGCUAUGCGACGGGUGCUUACGGAGGUGCUCCUCAUGGCUUUGGUGGAGUUUUUGAUUGGCUCCAUGCUUCUGUUUGAGAUUGGGGAGUUUAUGGAGCAUCAGCAUCCGUAGGGAGGGGUUCGGAGUUUGGGGAUGGCGUUUUGAGAGGGAAAAAAAGGUGCUGGCGCUCAUGGGAUGGCGCGUGAGGAGAAAGGGUCUGCAGAUUCUACGUAUCUUGGAUGGAGGUUUCCUCAUUGUUCGUCUCGACAUUAGAUUCCCUACGCAUCACGGGAGUUUGGAGGUACAUUUUAGAUGAUACUCUUGAGGCUGUAUUCUUCUCUAUCAUAAUCAUACAUCUUCAGUCUAUACUCGAUAUCAAAAUAUCACUCCGUCCCUCCCAAAACUCAUUCUCGACCAACAUGGGCCGCGGUGCUUACGACACGACGGGCACGCCCAAGCCCCCACCGCGCACCUCCACGCCAACCGUAACGCUGCCUCGCCCGGAUCCAUCAGGCUGCCCAGGCCGAGAGUGGUCAAUAUUGAAUACGUCCUGCACAGCCACGCCGCAAGGCCAGACGGGAGAUUGCGCUUUGACCAACCCACCAACCUGUGCAGCACCCCUGCGCGGCAUCUUGAGCGCGUCCGAGUCCGAGCAGGCCGCGGCCCGGGCUCGCGCAUCGAGAAAAUUCUGCGCAAGCGGGGAGGUGAGUGGCUGGUGUUUGGUGUUGGUGGCUGGGGGGGUGCUGAUUUGGGAGAGCUAAGCCACAGGGGCCGGCUCGAUUUUCCCAACCACUUCGUCUCAAGCAUCGCGUCUCAUUCUC